AUGGCAGCCCUGCGCCUGAAAAUCAUCGUGUCCUUCCUGUGCCAGCUGGUGGUGGCCUCCACCUUGGAGAUCGGCUCCUACGACAUCGAGCGGGGCCGCGAGGCCAGAUGCCAGCCCAUCGAGAUCCCCAUGUGCCAGGGCAUCGGUUACAACAUGACCCGCAUGCCCAACUACAUGGGGCACGAGAACCAGCGGGAGGCGGCCAUCAAGCUGCACGAGUUUGCCCCCCUGGUGGAGUACGGCUGCCAUGUCCACCUGCGCUUCUUCCUCUGCUCCCUCUACGCCCCCAUGUGCACGGACCAGGUGAGCACCAGCAUCCCGGCCUGCAAGCCCAUGUGUGAGCAGGCCCGGCACAAGUGCGCCCCUAUCAUGGAGCAGUUCAACUUUGGCUGGCCGGAGUCCCUGGACUGCAGCAAGCUGCCCACCAAGAACGAUCCCAAUGCCCUGUGCAUGGAGGCGCCCGAGAACGCCACCCCUGGGGACGCUCCGAAGGGACAGGGCAUGCUCCCAGUGGCGCCACGCCCCAGGCCCUCAGGGACUGGAGAGGGCAGGGGGCCGAACAGCUUAGGGUCAUGUGAAAACCCCGAGAAGUUCCAGUACGUGGAGAAGAGCCUCUCCUGUGCCCCCAAAUGCUCCCCUGGGGUGGAUGUGUACUGGUCCCGGGAGGACAAAGAUUUUGCCUUCAUAUGGAUGGCAGUUUGGUCAACGCUGUGUUUCGUCUCCACGGCCUUUACGGUGCUCACCUUCCUGCUGGACCCGCACCGGUUCCAAUACCCGGAGAGACCCAUCAUCUUCCUCUCCAUGUGCUACAAUGUCUACUCGGUGGCCUUCAUCAUUCGCUCAGUGGCUGGGGCUGAGAACAUAGCCUGUGACCGGGAGAACGGGGAGCUGUACAUCAUUCAGGAGGGGCUAGAAAGCACCGGCUGCACCAUUGUCUUUCUCAUCCUCUACUACUUCGGCAUGGCCAGUUCGCUCUGGUGGGUCAUCCUGACUUUGACCUGGUUCCUGGCAGCUGGGAAGAAAUGGGGACACGAGGCUAUCGAAGCCCACAGCAGCUACUUCCACAUGGCCGCGUGGGGCAUCCCAGCCAUGAAGACUAUUGUCAUCCUCACCAUGCGAAAGGUGGCAGGAGAUGAGCUCACCGGGCUCUGUUACGUGGGAAGCAUGGACGUCGGUGCCUUGACGGGGUUCGUGCUCAUCCCGCUGUCCUGCUACCUGGUGAUCGGCACCUCCUUCAUCCUCACGGGCUUCGUCGCCCUCUUCCACAUCCGGAAGAUCAUGAAGACGGGAGGCACCAACACAGAGAAGCUGGAGAAGCUGAUGGUGAAGAUUGGGGUCUUCUCCAUCCUCUACACCGUCCCGGCCACAUGCGUCAUCGUCUGCUACUUCUACGAGCGGCUCAAUAUGGAUUACUGGAACCUCAGGGCGUUGGAGCACGGCUGCAUGGCCUUCCCCGGCAGGCGCAGCACCCACUGCUCUUUGGAAGCCUCGGUACCCACCGUGGCUGUCUUUAUGCUAAAGAUUUUCAUGUCGCUGGUGGUGGGCAUCACCAGUGGCGUGUGGGUGUGGAGCUCCAAGACGCUCCAGACCUGGCAGAGCCUGUGCAACAGAAAACUGGGCAUGAGGACUAGGGGGAAGCCUUGCAGCGGGGUCACUUGCACUGGGGCGCAUUGCCAUUACAAAGCCCCUACGGUCACGUUACACAUGACCAAAACAGACCCUUACCUGGACCAUCCCACGCAUGUCUAG